CUCCGCCGCCCGGGCCCUCCGCCGCACAGUCCGCGCGCGCAUCCCGAGCGCCCUCGCCGCCCGCUACUCGACCGGCGCACCCGGUGCAGACGAAAAACAACAAAUGAUGUUCGGCGGUCCCCCCCCCACGAAAAAGGACGAGGGCGCAAUCCUGAAGAGAUACACCGGCCCAGGCUUCCCCUUCAUCCCUUCCCUGCGCCACGUCGUCUACCCCUUCCACCCCCACCUCCACAAAGGCGGCCCCGUCAAGGAGCUCACCGUGCCGCUCCGUCGCAAAGGCGGCCGGGGCAACGACACCGGCCAGAUCGUCACCCGUCACCGCGGUGGUGGGCACAAGCGCCGGAUCCGUAUCGUCGAUUUCCAUCGUCGCGCGUCCGGCGAGCACAGAGUCAUCCGCAUCGAGUAUGACCCUGGGCGAUCUGCCCACAUCGCCCUCAUCAGGAAGCAGGGUUCGACGUCUACCCUGAGCGCUGAGCAGGCAGAGGAGAGCUUGGCCGAAGGCGGUCACGACAACGAAGCCGUCAAGGGCGGCUGGAGCUACAUCAUUGCUCCUUUAGGACUGAGAGCUGGCGAUGUCGUAGUUUCCUACCGAAGCGGCAUACCGGAAAAGCUGAUCCAACAGUGUGACAUGACUUCCUCGAUGUACGGCUCUACGCUUCCCAGCGGCGAAACCGACGCCGUCUCUCCCCCUCGUAAAUCUCGAGCGACCGACACCCCAGAAAUGCGCCGUGCGCUCGGUAUGCUCCGUACCGUCACUCUCAAACCCGGAAACGUCCUCCCUCUCUAUCUCAUCCCUCCUGGUAUGCAAGUGCACAACAUCUCGCUUACCGUUGAUGGCAGGAUGCAGCUCUGUCGAUCAGCAGGCACUUUUGGCCAGGUCGUCUCUCACCAAGGCAGCGACGGUCGAUCUAUCGGUGGCUCCGAUGUUCUCACAAUGGGCGGUGGUUUCGAUGAGGAGGGUAAUCGGGUGCCCAAGAAGGGUUUCGUGUUGGUCAAGCUGCAAAGCGGUGAAGUGAGAAAGUUGGAUCCUGGAUGUGUCGCCACCAUCGGUGUGGUUAGCAACAAAGAGCACCAGUUCCGACAACUCGGUAAGGCCGGUCGAAACCGCUGGCUCGGUCGUCGACCCCACGUCCGUGGUGCGGCCAUGAACUCUGUCGACCACGCCCACGGUGGUGGUCGAGGUAAGAGCAAGGGUAACAAGCACCCCAGGAGUAUCUACGGUACAUUGCAGCACGUCAGAACGAGGAGGCCCAAGGACAAGGACGGGAACAAGGCUGUUGUUACCGAGCGACCAAGAGGAAAGCAGACAGCGGCCAAGCACUAGACCAUCUUUCUUUUUUUCUUUUCGGAUGCAUUGUUACCUUUCACUGGAUACAUGGA